AUGAGUCCCUCCACACAAGAAAGCUCUAGGGAUGGAAUCACGGCAAUCGCUCAACCAGUCAAACGAUACAUAACAGGCCAUGACCUGAACACUGGAGAAAGUAUUUACAUAGAUGCACCCGAUUUAUGCACUGCGGAAGUGCCUGGCUUUGGAACAGCAUCACGCUCUUAUGCUACUCUGAAGCUACCCGCAGAAUUGGCGGAUGAUCAAGACCUGAAGGCACACCUUUCACACAGCUCUCCUACUAGCUACACCCGGGGUACAGAAUUUCUCGUUCCCUCGUCAGGAUUGAACACUCAAACAGGACAGGUUGAGCUGGGAGGGGCAAAUGUGAUAAAUCUCGACAUCGACCCUGGUGCGGUGGGUCAUAUGCAUCGAACAGUGUCUUUGGAUAUCUCGACUUCUGUAAUGGGAGAGGUAUAUCAUGAGCUUGAUAGUGGCCAAAAGGUCCUCUUGAAACCUGGGUCGUGGCGCGGAGGAUCACAUCGUUCAGCGGGCAACUAUGCACACAUGGAUUAA